AUGGAGGCAGCAACACUGAAGCGCUUGGAUGGCAAUGAUGCACCCAGUCUUGAAGACCUGCAGACAGAACUGGGCUGGCUAUUCCUGGAUGCAUGUUGCCUUGAGGAUGCCGUCAGCAGGGACUGGCAGGCAAUCGGCCGGCAUGAGCUCAGCUGGCUGCAGGGUGAAGCCGCGCUGUGGACCCGCCGCCUGCAGGAGCGCACCCCCCUGCAGUACCUGACGCACACCGCGCACUGGCGUGACGUGGUCUUGGCCGUCGGCCCCAGCGUCCUCAUCCCCCGCCCGGAGACCGAGUUGCUGAUCGACUUUGCCGAGUCGGCGCUGCGCCGCGACGCCCGCCUCGCCGCGCGGCCCUGGGUCGACCUGGGCACCGGCAGCGGGGCCCUGGCCUGCGGGCUGGCGAGGCUCAAAGGUGGGCCGGGCUCCGUCCACGCCGUGGACUUGAGCCCCACAGCGGCGGCGACGGCACGGACCAACGCGCGGCGCCUGGGACUGGAGCACAGCGUGCACGUCGUGCAGGGGUCCUGGGCGCAGCCACUGCUGCCGGACCUGGCCGGGGCGUGUGGGGGGGUGGUGAGCAACCCGCCCUACAUUCCCAGCCACUGCCUGCCGGAGCUCCAGGCCGAGGUCGCCAGGCACGAGCCCUGGCUGGCUCUGGACGGCGGAGUGGGUGCCGCCCUGGACUGCUUUGAGCCCAUUGUCCAGGGUGCCUCCGCCCUCCUCGCCCCUGGGGGCUUCCUGGCCCUGGAGUCCGGGGGGGCUGAGCAGGCGGCGAGCGUGGCGUCGCUGCUGGAGCGCACCGGAGCGUUUUCUGACGUUCACAUCAGGCCCGACCUGGCAGGCAAGGACCGCUUCAUCCUUGCGACCCGAACUCAUACCGAUAAUGACUGA